AUGCAAUCCUCUAUUUCUCAUCUUUUUACUUUAGACACGGGAAUCAAAUCACGUCGUGGUGGGGCUGCAGCAGCCAACAGCCUGGCCUCCUCCAGUCGAGAUGCAGCAAUGGACGCCGUCGAGUUUUCACGAUCAAUCAAGGCGCUCUGUGGAGGUAUCUCUUUCAUCACGGAUGAACCGAGCUACUUUUAUGCUAUCGUCGUGGCGAUGCGAUCCGAGCAGAUCUGCAUUGAUCGAAUGGGCGGUCUGUUCCAUUCAACACUGAUCCACCCAUUCUUCCGAGUUCGAGUGCCUAAGCGAUCUACCAAAGACGUGCAUCGCUCAACAUUUAAGGUAGCCUGGAUCGACAAAACACAUUUUACUCUUUCGUUGAGUAAUACUCUAGUCUAG